UCAUGCUGCUGCCAGGUCCAGAGUCUCUCAUGGGUCCCUGUACGGCCUCCCAUUGCUGCUGUCUCCAUCGCCACACUCUGCCAUGUGCCACUUUCAGGUCUCCUCACACUGCUGGUGUGUUCCAUUUUUUGUCAUAGGGUGCUGGCAGAUUACGGGCCUCCCAUAGCUGCUGCCAGGCCCCUAAUCUGCCAUGGGCCCCUAUACCGCCUCCUCAUGCUGCUGCCAAGUCCAGAGUCUCUCAUGGGUCCCUGUACGGCCUCCCAUUGCUGCUGUCUCCAUCGCCACACUCUGCCAUGUGCCACUUUCAGGUCUCCUCACACUGCUGGUGUAUUGUAGAAUUUUUUGUC